AGAGUCAACAAGAUUUUUCUUUCUAGACUUAGUCAUUGGCUGCCUAAGAAACAUCUUCAUACAGAAAUCCUUAGCGGUGAAGGAGUGGAGGUGGCCUGGUGAUAAGUCCAUAGGUACUUCCUUGGCCCUAAAGCCUGUGCAGUGGGUCCUUAGCCUUUUAACUCAAGUCCCUGCUCUGUAACAGUUUCUAGGACUUUGCUCCCAAAUGCUGUUUUGGGAGAGGGUGUUUUCAAGGGUAUCUUCGGUAGAGCAACGUGAAUUGCUUCUAUGUAUUAUAUCGUCAUUGCAAGGUAUUCCUGACCAUCCUUGCAUUUGAGCUGACUUAAUUCAUUAAAUAUAUAGAGAUUACUUUUGCAGUCCCAGUAUUGGGGAGCAGCCAUGGUCUACAGCAGCCCCAAGCUAACUAAGGAUUUCUUCAGUAAUCACACGAGCUGAGGCCAUCUCCCUUCUCUCUGUCCCACCCCAUUCCUAUCCUGUCUUCAUCUUUUGCAGUCACAAGGUUAAUCAUGGCUUUUCCCGAAGUCUGCCUGGGCUCCGUACUGGUGGAGAUGAUUUUCCUAAGAAACAAGAUUCCUGGCGCUGCACUAGUGAGAGGAACUUUACAGACAGGGAUCCCCAGGUGUUUCAUUUGGUUUUUCUGUGUUUAAUAUGACGAAUGCCAUCAUGGGAAGUGGCAUCCUUGGCUUAGCUUAUGUUAUGGCUCAUACUGGCAUCCUUGGAUUUAGUUUCUUGCUGUUGAUAGUUGCUCUCCUGGCUUCUUACUCAGUUCACCUCCUGCUUAGUAUGUGCAUUCAGACAGCUGUGACAUCUUAUGAAGAUCUUGGACUCUUUGCAUUUGGGUUACCCGGAAAGGUGGCAGUAGCAGGCACCAUCCUAAUUCAGAAUAUUGGAGCUAUGUCAUCUUAUCUUUUAAUUAUUAAAACAGAGCUUCCUGCUGCUAUUUCAGAAUUUUUGUCGGGAGACCAUACUGGGUCUUGGUAUCUCGAUGGACAAACACUACUAAUAAUCAUUUGUGUUGGCAUUGUGUUCCCUCUUGCACUUCUUCCUAAAAUAGGCUUUCUUGGCUACACAAGUAGUUUAUCAUUUUUCUUUAUGGUGUUCUUUGCUCUUGUGGUGAUGAUUAAAAAAUGGUCCAUUCCUUGUCCUCUGCCAUUAAAUUAUGUAGGGCAAUACUUCCAGAUUUCAAAUGCUACAGAUGAUUGUAAACCAAAGCUCUUUCAUUUCUCCAAAGAGAGUGUUUAUGCCAUACCUACCAUGGCUUUUUCAUUUCUCUGCCAUACCUCAGUAUUGCCAAUAUACUGUGAACUUCAAAGUCCUUCAAAGAAAAGAAUGCAAAAUGUAACCCACACAGCAAUUGCUUUAAGUUUUCUCAUUUAUUUUAUAUCUGCACUCUUUGGGUACCUCACUUUUUAUGACAAAGUGGCGUCAGAAUUACUGCAAGGUUAUAGCACAUACUUGCCCCAUGAUGUUGUCAUCAUGACUGUGAAGUUAUGCAUACUAUUUGCUGUGCUUUUGACAGUCCCUCUAAUCCACUUCCCUGCAAGGAAAGCUUUAAUGAUGAUGUUUUUCUCCAACUUUCCAUUCUCAUGGAUUCGCCAUUCUUUGAUCACUCUAGCAGUCAAUAUUAUCAUUGUUUUACUUGCAUUAUAUGUUCCUGACAUUAAGAAUGUAUUUGGUAUAAUUGGUUCCAGUACAUCAACGUGUUUGAUUUUUGUAUUCCCAGGACUAUUUUAUCUUAAACUUAGCAGAGAGGAUUUUCUCUCAUGGAAAAAGCUUGGGGCUUUUGUUUUGCUCAUCUUUGGAAUUUUGGUUGGGAAUUUUAGUUUAGCACUAAUCAUUUUUAAUUGGAUUAAUAAAUGAAAGAAAUAUGUUCCUACUUCUUAUGAAGAAUAAUUUACCUCUAUAUGCAAAAAAAGGAGUAAUUCUGGAAGGCACCUUGGAUAAAUCCUUUUUAUAUGGGUAAACAUUUUUGUAAACAUUAUUAACAGAAAAGCAGAACAAAAUGGGAGUAGGUAGGGGAAAGUGGGUUUAUAACAGUUUUAAUUAAAAUAAAUUCAAAAUGUUCUUCAAUACAUUAGGUCAAUCUUUGUGGUUUAUUUUUAAAAAAUUAAUAGAUUUUGGGGUGCCUGGGUGGCUCAGUUGGUUAAGUGACUGCCUUCGGCUCAGGUCAUGAUCCUGGAGUCCCGGGAUCGAGUCCCGCAUCGGGCUCCCUGCUCAGCAGGGGGGUCUGCUUCUCCCUCUGCCCUCUUCCUUCUAGUGCUCUCUAUCUCUCAUUCUCUCUCUCUCAAAUAAAUAAAUAAAAUCUUUAAAAAAAAAAAUUAAUAGAUUUUGUUUUUUUCAGGUAGAUUUAAUGUUUACAGAAAUAUUGAACAAAAUAUGCAGAAUUCUUCUAUAUCCCCUCACUGCCAGCACACCCAUAGUUUCCCAUAUUAUUGACAUCUUGCGUGAGUGUGGUACAUUUGUUACACUUGAUGAGCCAAUAUUGAUACAGUAUUAUUAACUAAAGUAAAUAGUUUACCUUAGAGUUCACUAUUGAUGCAAGCAUUGGCAACCACUGAUCUCUUGA